CACUACGCCUGCAUCAUCUUCACCUUCACCAUCACUGAUCUAGACGAGGCCAAUAUCACUAUGAUCAAUCAUUAGUUCUCCCCGGGUAUGUGAGCGACCGAACAGCGCGCAACGACGUCAAGGACCCGAACACCGUCUCCUGCGGAGAUAGAAUGAGCCUAGUGGAGGCGUCCAGCAAUUCGGACCAUUCCUCACUAUCCGAUAACACCACCGAGCGGACAUCUACCACCUGCGAGACUCAACCUCUCUUAGACGGCGAUACAGCAAUGGCAAAACCAUCCUGGCAAGGUGUCGAAGAAUGUGCGCUCGCGGAUCUGCCUCUCCUUGCCGAUGGACUGGUACGCGACGAUGAAGACGACGCCAUGUCCGGCGCGGGAGAUGCCGACCACACUGGCAAGCCUCGACCCCCCCUACGCGGCAGCAAGGCCAGUCCGCAACACGAACCGAAAUUGACCGUGCGUGAAGCCAUCGCAGCCUAUCCCACGGCCAUCUUCUGGUCCUUCGCCGUCAGCAUGUGUAUCAUCAUGGAAGGCUAUGACGCCAUAUUGAUAGGCAACUUCUGGGCUUUCCCGCAGUUUCAGCGCAAAUACGGAGUAUUCGUCGGCGUCAGCGACCAGACUCAGACCGGAUAUCAGGUAUCUCCGGCAUGGAUGGCCGCCGUCGGAAACGCUUCCGGCCUAGGAGCCUUCAUGGGCACGUUCCUGAACGGCUACCUCGUCGCCAUCUUGGGCCAGAAACGUGUCCUUGUCGGCGCACUUGGCUUCCUGUCAUGCUUCAUCUUCCUCACAUUCUUCGCCCCCAACAUUCAAGUCCUCCUUGUGGGACAAAUCUUGUGCGGCUUCCCGUGGGGCGUCUUCGCGACAACGGCUCCAGCCUACGCCAGCGAAGUCUUGCCAAUGUCACUUCGAGUCUUUGGGACUUCCUGGGUCAACGUCUGUUUCAUCAUCGGUCAGCUGAUCUCCUCCGGCGUCUUGAGAGCCUGCCUAGAACGCGAUGAUGAGUGGGCAUUCCGCAUUCCCUUCGCUGUGCAAUGGGUCUGGCCAGCCUUCCUCAUACCGCUGCUAUGCUUCGCCCCCGAAUCGCCGUGGCACUUGGUCCGCCAGAAGCGACUCAAGGACGCAGAAAGAUCACUCCGCCGCCUCCAGAGCGCCUCGGCCACAAUCGAUGUCAAACAGACUCUUGCGUCGAUCGUUCAUACCAACCAUCUCGAAGAAGAACUCAGCAUCGGGACGUCCUACUGGGACUGCUUCACCGGAUUCGAACUCCGCCGGACAGAAAUCGCAUGCGUGUCGUUCGCAGGCCAAAUCCUCUCGGGCCUGUCUUUCGCCUACAACGCGUCGUAUUUCUUCGAACAGGUCGGUCUUGACGCCGAAACCACAUAUUCGCUCAAUAUUCUCGGGACGACCCUUGCCUUCGUCGGAACCUUGGUCAACUGGUUCUAUUUCAUGCCCUACAUGGGCCGACGGAACAUCUACCUCCUCGGUGCGUUCGUCAUGGCCAUCGAACUCUUCCUGAUCGGCGUGUUGAACGUCUGGACGCACCACAAAUUCAUCGCCGUAACACAAGCCGCCCUCACGCUCGUCUGGACGUUCACGUAUCAAUGCUCCGUCGGCCAACUGGGCUGGUCUUACCCGGCGGAAGUGGGCUCGACGAGGCUGCGGCAGAAGACCGUCUGUCUGGCGCGCAACGCUUAUUACGUCUGCGCCGUCAUUUCGGGCUCGAUGCUGCCGUUCUUCCUGAACCCAGAAGCACUGAAUCUGCGAGGCUACACCGGCUUCAUCUGGGGCACGACGGCCUUGCUCACGUGGAUUUGGGCGUAUUUUCGCCUUCCCGAAACCCGAGGUCGGACUUAUGAGGAGUUGGAUGUCCUAUUCGCCAAGGGCGUGCCUGCGCGGCGGUUCGCGACGACGAACGUGGAUGCUUUCGACGAGAUUACCACGACCGCUCUGGCCCAGCGGUAUCAUGUCGAUGAUCUAGAUGAGAGGAGGCCGAGGCUGGUCCCAAGACUGACCGGGACGAUUGCCGAGAGAACCGGACGCGACAAGGCGUACUCGAGUAGAAGAAACAGUGUGGAAAUCGCGGGAUCGUCAGCAAGAAGGAGAUCAAGUAGCAUCGAAAGUGACCGAGCUGGCCUUCUAGGUAGAGAAAAAUAGUCUCGAGCCGGUAUCGAGAGGACAACAGGAAUCUGACGUGUCUCAAACCGUCAUCGAUAUAUCCUGGUAAGGUCCAAGAGACGGUAUGCAACUACAACAACCCCAGCCCACGAGAAUAUGCAGGACAAGUAUGGGGGCUUUUCCUCUUCCGGUAGCCUGCCUGGGCUGUUCCCCCUCAUCAUUUCCACCCCGUCUUUUAUCAUCACCCACUCACAAACUUGCCUUCCCGCUUGUCUCAUAUGGAAAGGCAAAGCUCAACAGUCCAGCCACAAUGUACAGACUCGCG